AUGCCAAAACUGCGCUUUGGUGAGGAGGUGGAAGUGGAUGAGUGUAGGUGCUUGGGUACAAGCACUUCAGGAACAAGUUGCAUGCUGCGGUCUAUGACUUGCAAAGGCUGCUUUCUAUCAGGUGUCCUGAAGGAUCAAGAUAUCAACAAUUGUUACAGCGAGGCGAGGUUACAGGGGUUAAAAUUGCUAAAGACGCCGCGUGAUGCAAAAGUCUUGGCUGAGGGUGCUACGAACGAAGCCGAAACAGGGCAUCUGGAUGAACGCCGCAAUGGGUUGUUGAAGCCUGAACACAUGAAAGCUUGUGUGCCGCAGAGCUUUGUUGCUGGCCAAAGCAAAUGGAAGCGGCGAACAAGUGGUUUGAAUGUGAAGUUUGCAUGA